CAUACGCCACCACAUGCUGCCGCUUCCACCGCCAGACGUGCCAACUUCCCUUUUCACCGAGGUUACUCAACCUGAUCAGUAGGCAAGUCCUCUCAUAAUAAACUUUCUGCUCGUAAUUGCUUUUUUAAACGAAAUAAGAAGAACAAAACUGAUGGAUUAUAGGAUACUACAAAAAAAAAUCCCUUUUCGAAAGGGAUAUCCCACCUGCCGGACACCUUGGUAAUUUACCUGGAAUUCGGCGCCAAGUAGGAAUAACGGUGCGAAAUUUUAGUGUGGAGCGACCUAAUAAACACGACUGAUACGGUGCUUCUGUUUCUUGGGAAAGUCUGAAAUACUGUACAGGAAAAACAAAUGAAAUUAAGGGAAAAAACUAUGUUCUUAUAACAACUGGAGCCUGCGUCCGAAGGAAAAGUGAGUUCUCCUAAAACCCAUAGGCAUUUCAAGGGAAUCUGUGAACAGCCAGAAUGAAAUGGGAAAAGUUCAAGCCACCAGAACCAGAUGACCCCAUGUGCUGCUGUGAGUGUGAUGUCGACCAACAUGGCUGCUGCUGUGACUGUGAGGGUCUGGAUGAAGCCUGCAACAGGUGGCUUAAGGGUGAGCCUCAGAACCCAGACUGCUCGUUACCGGUGUUUGGUGCGCUGAUGGACCGGCUCAGGGUGAAACUCUUCGCCGGGGACGGGCGGGUGGAGAUCUCCACUGUUCCGGCCCUGGUUCUGCUUCCUUUGCUAUUGCGUUUGGCGGCGCUGCACUUCCUGCUGGGCCUUGUGGUUCUGACGGUCCUGCCUGGCCUGGUGUUGUGGUAUUACUACGCAACACACAGGAAGAAGGGCCGCACCCUCUUCUUCCUCAGCCUGGCACUCUUCUCUCUAGCCUACAUGUACUUCCUGUUUGUGACAGAAAUCCUGCCUCGCGGGGACGUGAGUCACCAACAGUUGGUCGCAGUGACAACGGGCGUGGUCCUCACCCUUGUCUCCCUGCUGCGUACCAAGCGGGCGCCGGGUUUCGUGCGGCCGUCCCCAUCAGACGUACACGCCACGAGCCCCGUUCCCAGCCAACCGCCUGACAAACACGCUUCCUCCCUGAAUGAAGCGGGCCAGCCAGCGGCGCCGGCGCCCCCAGUGGAGCAGCAGACACAGUCCCUGGUGGCCAAGGGGGGCCGGUGCCCUCUGUGCGGAGUGGUGCGCCCCCCGCGGGCAGGACAUUGCCGCAUCUGUGGAAGAUGUGUCCGGCGCCUGGACCACCACUGCAUCUGGAUAAACAGCUGUGUGGGCCAGGCCAAUCACCGCAGCUUCCUGCUGACCCUGCUCCUCUUCCUGUUGACCUCUCUGUAUGGGAUCAGUCUGGUGCUGCGCAGCGUGUGUCCUCGGCAGAGCCUGUUCACUGCCCUCCUGUACUGUCCGGGUGUCUACACUCAAUACAGCUCCGCCCUGUGCUUCACCUGUGCCUGGUACAGCUGUAUUGUAACAGGAGGGCUGUUACACUUACUGGUACUGCAGAUAGUCAACAUCAGCUACAACGUGACGGAGCGGGAGGCACAACUUGCCCUGCGAAACAAAAACGUCCAGAGUCGUCUAUGGGGCCUUGUGGUGGAUACCGGGGUCUACUCACGUGGCUUCUGGCAGAACUGGGCUGAAUUCCUGACCAUGGGAGAGGCUGCAGAUAGACCCUCGUCUGCCCUCACUGACUUGGUUUAGCAUUGACUUUACAGAGAACACUGCCGCAACACAGUACUGGGAACGCCUUUCUUAACCAAACUGGUGGACUGUGUGGUUUUUAGCUGAUUUUACAUUCUCAUAACCCAGAGGUGUUAGUUUUUGUUUGUUAAAUAAACCUCUACAUUCCAAACUCUCAGGUGAAGAAUAAAACCAUGUUCUUCCAGAUUUGCCAUGGAAAUGACACCUCUUGUUAUUAGUUAUAACAUGGUGUUAAGCAUGAAAGGCGGCUUGGUUAUGUUAUAAGCAAGGUUUUAAGUCCUAGAUUUAGCUGUCUCUAUCUUUUCCCAAAAUGAUUUACAAGAUUCUUUACCAUGGCAGAUGAAAUACAACAGAACAGUUUGAAAUACAGAACAUGCAUAUGAAACUGUAGACUGCAUAUUGACUGCACCUAAACAUAGAAAUAAGGGAACACAGACUAAGACUACUUCAAAGGAAAGCUGAACUACUUCAACCAGGCAUGACUGACAUUCACCCACACACUCUCACAUUGAAUUUCAUAGUUAAACUGCCUGUAUUAAGUUUCAAUGUACUCUACUUAUAUUUCAAAUGAUCCAUUUCAUUGUAUAAAGACUAUGACUAAUCAUUCUUUACAUAUUUUUCUUUAUACCAAUCAAACAUUAAACAAUCUAUCUGAUAGCUUUGAGAGACCAUGAGGAUUAUAACAUUUAUGUUAGUACACCAGAGACUGUGUUGACAGGAAGUGGCUAGAAAGCUAUGUCAGCCAGCAUCAUUUUUGUCCUCACCACAACAAACCUACAGGAUAGCCUAUGUUAAACUGACACAAUAGUUUGCCAGUUUACACUGUCUUUUCCAGUUUUAAAACCCACCUCAACUUGUACAGUACCCAGAUGUGACGCAAAAAACAGAUUUCUUGUUUUCAACAUGGUCCGCGAUGGAAUACACAGUAACAGACAAAAUAAAAGAUAAAAUACA